GACGAGGACACCGCUCGCCAUAAGAGAUACUCCGCCCACCAGUCGGUGUCCGUCGAUAGCGACGGGGUUACCAUCGAUGACAGUCUGCGGCACACGUUUUGGUUCAUUCAGAUAUCAGAUCUUCAUCUGAGCGUCCAUUUUGGGCCGAAACGAGCGCCAGAUUUGGAACAGUUCUGCAGAGAGUACAUCGAUAUCAUGAAACCAUCCGUAGUGUUGGCCACCGGCGACCUGACAGACGCCCGGACACGCGAUCCCAUGGGUUCCCGUGUUUUCGAGGAGGAAUGGCUUAUGUAUUGGAAUGCCUUGAAUAAGACUAAUGUCACCACAAAGACUAUAUGGCUGGACAUCAAAGGCAAUCAUGACAACUUCAAUGUCUACGGCUGGAACAGUCCCAACAACUUCUUCCAGAAGUACUCCAUCAGAGGUCCAAACACUACCCGUUCCUAUAGGUAUAGCUUAAGACACGACACCGAG